UUUGAGAAGAUCAUUGUGCUUUUUCUCAAGUCUUUGCAUUGCCUUAAAACCUUCCCUUCCCUUCUCUUCCUUUUUAAGUUUUCUUUCUCAUUUCUCCAAAUUUUCUGCUCAAACCAUGGUUGUCUCAGUUGUGACCGAAAACUGGGCCUCCAUCAAUAGUGAUGCUGAUGAGUUUGAAAAAUUCGAAAUCCCAGAAAUUGACAGUGCCCUCCUCAUGUCGCUACUCGAAGAAUCGCAAGCCGAUCAAGAUUGUGAUGAUGAUGAUGAGAGAUUAAUGACUGUGAUUAGAUCACUAGAAGCUGAAAUUGAUCCUAAUGUAAUGGAUGGUCAUGAUUUGGACAUGGACAUUGAGUGGGACAGCAACUUGGAGGGAGGUCGAUCGACGGGACAAGUGGAGGCCCAGGAUUGGCCCACCUCAAAAAGUGAUCAACUUGCUUUCAAUUGGAUGGAGGAUGUGGAGAUGGGCCCUUCUUCACCAAGUGAUGACAUGGCCAUUUGGUACAUGGAGGAGCCCUAUGGAGUUGAAAUGGAUGGUGUGAUUGAAGUUGGUGGUGUAGGUGAUUAUUCACACAUUUACUAUGGUGUUCCCUUGGAAGAGCAUGCCUAUGGUUCUUUGUGGCAAGAAACACAUGCCUCAGUGAUGUAUGAUUAGGAUUUCAUAAUGUAUAUUUUUAACUUUUUUUUUUUUUUUUCGAAGGGUAAAGCCAUGUAAUCCACAGAUUGACCAUUUGUGUCUUAAAUGCUUUGUUAAUUACACCAUGUUGGCUUGUAGACUAUUUUUCUUUGUGAGCAAUGUUAGAGGCGUUUGAAAUAUUA